AAUCCGUAACAACUCAGUGUUUCUCUCUCUCACACUCAUUUUUUAUCCGUAUGCGUGUGUUUGUGUCCGUGUACAUCUCAGUGUUGUAUCUGUGUGGUGGUGAUUCGACGAGGAAAAGCCUACAAUAUACUUUUAUUUUUGUUGCAUUUAACCGUUCUCCUUUGGAUCGUUCGGUAUUUUCGUUUGGUUGGGUUGGUCGCGUUGCGAACCGUUCAACGAAGAAGAGAAAAAGUAAAAACCCGAUCCCGGAGUGGUUUAGAGUCGCUUUAGAGGGCAUUUCCUGGAGCCGAUCGUAGGUCAAUGCCUUUGUCGAUCGCCGUGCGUUCGCGUUUGCGUUUUGCCCCCAGCAAAACGCAUGAAUGGUUCGCGUGCGUAGCGUGUAUAUUAUGUGUGUAUGCGUCGCAGUCGAGUGCAAGUGCGACGAGAAACAUCAAUAACAAUACUACAUAAGUGCGUGUAGCGUGUUAUACAAAAUGGAAACGGAUGAAGCCGAGUCUUCAAGUAGCGGUCCAAUAUCAACAUUAAAUUCCCUCUUCUCGUUCACAUCACCGGCGGUAAAAAAACUUUUGGGUUGGAAACAAGGCGACGAGGAAGAAAAAUGGGCAGAAAAAGCUGUCGAUAGUUUAGUAAAAAAAUUAAAAAAACGUAAAGGAGCUAUAGAAGAAUUGGAACGUGCUCUAAGUUGUCCGGGUCAACCUAGCAAAUGUGUAACGAUUCCGCGAAGUUUAGACGGACGAUUGCAAGUUUCACAUCGGAAAGGAUUACCACACGUCAUUUAUUGCAGAGUAUGGAGAUGGCCGGAUUUACAAAGUCAUCACGAACUUAAACCACUCGAACACUGUCAGUAUCCGUUUUCGGCGAAACAAAAAGAAGUCUGCAUAAAUCCGUAUCAUUACAAGAGGGUUGAAAGUCCCGUUUUACCUCCCGUUUUAGUUCCGCGACACAACGACUUUGUACCUGGUCAUUCUUUGUUGCCAUUUCAACAGUUGGUUGAGCCGAACAUGCCGCAUAAUGUCAGCUAUUCCUCCAACGGUUUUAAUUCGAAUCAUAUAAAUCCUUCCUCGCCAAUUUCAAGUGUUCCAAGUCCAGGUAGUGUUAAUUCUAAUCCCCAAUCACCUCCGUAUGCAAAUUUAGCGGAAACGCCACCUCCAGCAUACAGUCCAACCGAUGAAAGUAACACUUCAUCAACGAAUAAUAAUACUUCGACAAAUGACAUUGAUGUACAACCAGUUGCUUAUCAAGAACAACCAUACUGGGCUUCUAUAGCUUAUUAUGAAUUAAAUUGUCGCGUUGGCGAAGUUUUUCAUUGUCAUUCCACUUCAGUAAUCGUCGACGGAUUUACAAAUCCAUCGAAUAAUAGCGAUCGAUUUUGUUUGGGUCAAUUGAGUAACGUAAAUCGAAAUUCAACGAUAGAAAACACAAGGAGACACAUUGGAAAAGGUGUUCAUCUAUAUUAUGUGAACGGUGAGGUUUAUGCAGAAUGCUUAAGCGAUUCGGCGAUUUUCGUACAAUCUCGUAAUUGUAACCAUCAUCACGGUUUUCAUCCGUCGACAGUUUGCAAAAUACCAGCCGGAUGUUCGUUGAGAAUUUUUAACAACGCCGAAUUUGCUCAGUUGCUUUCGCAGUGCGUUAAUCACGGUUUUGAGGCGGUUUAUGAAUUGACCAAAAUGUGUACGAUACGAAUGAGUUUCGUUAAGGGUUGGGGGGCGGAAUAUCAUCGUCAGGACGUUACAAGUACGCCAUGUUGGAUUGAGGUGCAUUUGCACGGACCGUUACAGUGGUUAGAUAAGGUUUUAACUCAAAUGGGAGCUCCUCAUAAUGCUAUCAGUUCAGUGUCGUAAACGAAAUGAA